AGAACAUCUUAUUACUUCAGCUGUCUAUUGCUGCUGCAUUCCUGUGUAUUUGAUCUAGCAGUGCUUCUGGAAGAACUUGGGAGACUGGUGUGUGUUGUUUCAACGCAGCAUGGCUGUGGUCAUCCGUUUGCAAGGUCUGCCAAUUGUGGCGGGGACCAUGGACAUUCGCCACUUCUUCUCUGGAUUGACCAUUCCUGAUGGUGGUGUGCAUAUUGUAGGGGGUGAGCUGGGUGAGGCUUUCAUCGUUUUUGCUACUGAUGAAGAUGCACGGCUUGGUAUGAUGCGCACAGGUGGUACAAUCAAAGGGUCAAAGGUGUCCUUAUUGUUGAGCAGUAAAACUGAAAUGCAAAAUAUGAUAGAGCUCAGUCGCAGGCGAUUUGAAACGGCAAAUGUCGAUAUGCCACCUGCAAACUCUAACCGGUCUGGACCUCCUCCUAGUUCUGGGAUGGCCAGUAGUUCUGUGAUGACCAGAGUAAAUUUGCCAACAACGGCACCAAAUUUUAGUAGCCCUCCUACAAGCACAGUUUCUACUGUUACUUCUGUUCCUGAAAGUAAUAAGAAUGUCCCAACACUUACAACUGCCAGUGUUGGGAAUGCACCACCAAACCUAGGUGCAGGCUUUUGUAACCCAACAUUUGCUUCUACUAUGCCUAGUAGCACCACCCCUCUACCUACAGUACCACCACCACCUAUUCCUCCUAUGCCUACAAUGCCAGCUUUGCCACCCAUGCCUUCCAUUCCCCCAAUGCCUGUUCUUCCCCCUGUACCAACAUUACCCCCAGUUCCUCCUAUACCUCCAGUUCCUCCAGUGCCACCUAUGGCCCCACUUCCUCCAAUAUCUUCGAUGCCACCCUUAAAUCCACCACCUGUGGGGCCAUUGCCUGCUGGAUUGAAUGGUGCUGGUUCUGCUAUGAAUAAUAGUAUGAACCCAAUGUUUCUUGGUCCUGUAAAUACUAUGCAGUUAAAUUCUCCAAAUACAAUGAAACCACCACCAAUUAAUCAUGAUGAUCCAUAUGUUUGUCUACAUGGCUUGCCACUUCCGAUAUCUGAAAAUGAUGUAAAGGAUUUUUUUCAUGGGUUGAGAGUAGAUGGUGUAAUAAUUUUAAAAGACCCCAUGGGACGUCCCAAUGGUAGCGCUCUGGUGAAGCUUCUUACUCCCCAUGAUACAUUCGAAGCCCUGAAACGGAAUAGAAUGCUAAUGGGACAGCGUUUUGUUGAAGUCAGUCCUGCAACGGAGAGGCAAUGGGUAGUUUCUGGUGGUCAUAUAGUAAAACAUAAUAUAAUGCAUCAUGGACCUCCCCAUUUAAUGCAGCAGUCAAUGCCCAGAUCCAAAUCUCCCAGUGCACACCAGCGUUCGAGGUCCAGAUCCCCUCAUGAACAUGGCUUCUGUGUUUAUUUAAAAGGUUUGCCAUAUGAAGCAGAAAACAAACAUAUCAUUGAUUUCUUUAAAAAAUUAGACAUUGUUGAGGAUAGCAUAUAUAUAGCCUAUGGACCCAAUGGAAAAGCGACAGGUGAAGGUUUUCUGGAAUUUAGAAAUGAGGCAGAUUAUAAAACUGCAUUGUGUCGUCAUAAGCAGUACAUGGGAAGUCGAUUUAUUCAAGUUCAUCCUAUAUCUAAAAAGGGAAUGCUUGAAAAAGUAGAUCUGAUACGUAAAAAACUGCAGAGCUUUAACUAUCUUGACCACAAAGAUGGUUCUCUGGAUGUUGAUUUAGAAAAACAUAUGCCCAGACUGUGGUGCCAUCUGUCAAAUUUACCUUACAAUAUCUCAAGGAAAGAUGUUCUUCAGUUUUUCCUUUUGGAAGGUAUAGUGGUUGAGGAGAAUAGUGUACAGGUUCUGACCGAUAACAAUGGGCAAGGAUUAGGGCAAGCCCUUGUUCAGUUCAGAAGUGAGGAUGAUGCCCAUAAAUCUGAGCGCCUUCACCGUAAGAAGCUGAAUGGACGAGAUGCAUUCUUGCAUCUAAUUAAUGCUGAGGAGAGGCAGGAGAUUGAAAACAACCCUCCACUGCAAGGUAGAAAAGGGUAUAAAAUGCAGAAUUAUUCUAACCCCCCAUCAGGAGGGAUCUGUUCUGGUGGAGAUGAAUUUGCUUUUGCAAGUAAUUUAAAAGAAAAUAACAGUGGUCCAAAUUUUAACUUCCCAGGAAACUUUACUGGUCCAUCUAAUACGUUUGGUCCUCCUGUUCCACCACCUGUUAUAGGAGGCAAUUUUGUAGAUCAGAGGCCACCACCUCCAACGGUCUCGACAAAUGUGACAAAUGCUUCAAUGGAUCCCCAAAGUUUUGGAAGCGGUCCAAAUAAUUUUAGUGGACCACCUUCUGCUUUUGGAAAUGCGCCGCCACCUUUUGGCAGUGCUCCUUCGAAUACAAAUGUUCCGCCUAACUUUAAUGCUGCCCCUCCAAGCAUAGGUAGUGGUCCUGGGUUAAAUGCUCCUCCAGGUUUUGGUCCAGGAAAUAUGCAAAUGAGUGGUCCCCCAGGCUUUGGGUCUGGGUCUGGAAAACCUGGGCCAACUGUUAUUAGAGUGCAGAAUAUGCCCUUUACAGUUUCAGUAGAUGAGAUACUGGAUUUCUUUUAUGGCUAUCAGCUGAUCCCUGGGUCUUUGUGUUUAAAAUAUAGUGAAAAGGGCAUGCCAACAGGAGAAGCCAUGGUUGCUUUUGAAUCCCGAGAUGAAGCCAUGGCAGCAGUAGUUGAUUUAAAUGACAGACCCAUUGGCUCAAGAAAAGUAAAACUUGUUUUAGGAUAAAAGUCUGCACUCUGUAGCAUUAGGCUAGCUUUGUACUGACAUCAAUAAACAUACUGUCUAGUUUACAUGAGUAGGCUGCUUAAAUGUGAAAUAGGUUUUUUUACAUUAAAAUGUAAUGGCAUUGGAUGACUGUUUACGAGAUCUGUCUUAGCAAGAAAUCAGUACAGUUGAUUUUUCUUUUGAAACAACUAGUUUAAGUACGCCUGAUUAGUUUAAAAUCCAACAAUCCUUUGAGUGCCAAAGGGUUGAUCAAUAAAGGAAUGUGUUGCUCACCCAUUGACACUAAAAGGGUUAAUGCUAAUCAGGUUUUCAGCUUUUGGGUGUAGAUUUCUAAAAGGGCACAGAUUCGCCCCAUUUCUUUGUUUGCUGUACAGUUUUUGGAACAAAACUUGUUACAUUUGAAAUGGAUGUUAAUGCUUUCUACUAAGAUUCUGUGUUUGCGAAUAUGGUGAAUGGGAUUGAUAAUUUGGUUUCCUAGUUUAUGGUUUUUUUUUUCCCUCUUACCCUCUCAAACAUUCAUGCAUUGUAUCUGGUCUCAUGUUGAAAUAAUGUCUCUAGAAAUAAUGCAUUCAGAAUUAGGAUUGUAUGAGUAAUCAUGUUUUUUGAUAUGACUAUUUUGAAGUAUUUAUUUUGACAACUUGAUGUGUAGAAUAAGGGUUUUGCUGCCUGAUUUUAACAUGUGUAGUGUCCCAUAAUUCAAACCAUUGAUACUUAAAAGGCACUUGUAAUUUGUUCCCUUUUUAAUUUGUACUCUGUAUAUAUCUUUUUGUUCAAACUUAUUUCUGCAUGGUUGUUUCAUUCUUUUACAAGUGUUUAUUAGAACUAGAGUUGUGCGUUUUAAAAAAUAAAUAGAAAAAAAAUCCACAUGAUUUUCUCUUUAUAUCCUAAUGAUUUGUCUUGUUCCAGAUAUGACGUAUGACCAAAUUCAUUAAUACAUUUUUAUGGUAAUUGCUUCAAUAGAAAUUUUUAAUUUACCAUUAAGAAAAUCAGACAUACGUUAUCACUGUAACCCUUCGAGUGGGCUAAUUUGCCAGUUGAAACAUAGCAACUAUGUUUUUAUUUAUACAUCUUCCCCUCCACCCCCCACUCCCCUCAUUUUUUUUUGUCUCCUAUUCAGAACAGUACUACAUUUAAAUUGAAAGUGCCUUUUAAUGUACCUUGUUUCAAACACUAAGUUAGUAAUUUUUGCAUGUGGCAAAACAUUUAUUCAAACUGGACUGGCAAAAUGAAUUACACACAAUUGUAUAUUCUUGGGAUUUCACUGUGCAAGGUGAAACGUUUUGCAUUUUGAGAAAAUUGUACAAAGUUGAAUGAAGAGCUGGUUUCAUUGCUGAUCCUUUUUUGUAACUCUUAUGUUUUAAACUGGGUUUCUUCAAGCUUUUGAAAAAUGAUUGUAUAUACUGUUCACUGAUGCUUGAUGUUAAUAAACUGAACUUGUGUCUAGAGAUGUACACAUUUACCUUUUAA